UUAACGCCAUCUGCAUGUGAAAUGGUGUUAUCAACAUUUUGACCCGUUUAUCUAUAAAAUAGAAGUUAGCUGCAAUUCUUGAAAUGUCAAGAAUCUUUUCCGAAACAAGCAUAUCCAAGGCUUUAAAUAAGAUUGGAUGCGCAAUUAACUUCUUCUUGUUAUCCCAACCUUCGAUGAACUAACUCUGUUCGUUUAGACUAAGCUCUAUAAAUCCGUCCACCAAAGCAGUUUUGUUAUUUAUUGGUAAGAAAACAUAAAAUCCAAAUAAAAGUAUAUUUGCUAUUUCUGCAAAUUUAUUCCAAUUGUGUAUGUUUCUAUUUCUUUCCAAAACGGCAACGAGGAAUUUGCGGUCAUAUUCUGUGCCUAAAAUUCACCAACAAUUCGUCUUUCAGAGGGCCUAACUACACCAUCCUAGGAUUAAUUCCAACCUUCAAUACAGUCCACCAUACCGAAUUUGUUCAUGGUCCUUCGAACCGGAUAAGGCAAUCCCCGAAAGCGAUUAAUAUUGAAGACCGUGAUUCCAAUGCCACCACUUCAAAGCUGCAGAAUGCCGUCUACGAAAAAAAGAUUAACAGAACCCACAAAAGAUCGAAUAAUUGAUAAUAAUUUUUUAUGUCGCGUAUGUAAAGGAAAGCAUGCUCUUCGAGACUGUCGCAAUUUUUUAAGUAAACCGGUUGAUGGGCGAAUGCGUUUGGUUUUACUUCACGGUUACUGUCCCAAUUGUUUGGCCCAUAAGCAUUCUGCAGGCUCUUGUUUUACCAAAAAGGGCUGCAAAACCUGCGGAAGUAAUCAUCAUACAUUACUUCAUAUAAACGGUGAGCAAAGAUCUCCGAAAGCCAGUAAGAUUAAAGGAAGAUCUGCUAAUAAGAAAAAUGAUACCAGCAAGUCAGUCAUUCCAAAGUCAGUUUCCAUAACUUCAAUAACGACACCAAAUGGGGUUGCACUUUUCCCAACGACUGUGGUUACUGUUCAAGCCGAAGCAAACCAGACCCACGUAAGAGCUGUACUGGACACCUGUAGCUCCGUAAGCAAAAUUUCUAUGUCAUUGGUAGAGGAAUUGAAACUACCCACUAUAAAAUUUGGAAAUGACACUAUCUGUUCGGUUGUUAUUCGAUCUCGAAAAUCUCCUUACGUUACUAUUGAGGCAACCAUGGAAGUCAACAAUCGGAUGUCUUUGAAGAUCCCAGCCAGAGAAGUGAAUUCUGCGAUUAGGACUAGGCUGAAUAACAUUGUAUUGGCAGACCCAAAUUUUUUUAAGCCUAGCUCAGUGGCUAUUGUCUUUGGGGCAGAUUUAUAUUCAAAAAUUGUUUUACCUGGAUUGAUUCCAAGCCAUGAUGGCUUACCAGUAGCAAUGAACACUAUCUUCGGGUGGGUUUUAUCUGGGUCGUGCAAUACCUCUGAUGCAUCAUAAUUUUUGUCUUUCUGUUACGAAAUCGGCAAAGCCAAUUUACACAAUCUUGCUCCAAACCGAAAUAAGAUAGUUUCUCGAUUUUUUAGAAUCUUAAGACUUUAUCACUACAAUUUGGAACUAAUUGUAUGCAAACGUAUCACAUAUUUUAUAAUUUGAAUUAAAUAGAAUAAGAAUUGUACUACAUAUGAAUUUCUUAGAUUAACUUUAAAAUGAAUUCCUUAAAAAAAAAAAAAAAAUUUUGCAAUCCUUGCAAAGUGGGCCGGAAAUGUUUAUGUCAGAAUGUUAACGCCAUCUGCAUGUGAAAUGGUGUUAUCAACAUUUUGACCCGUUUAUCUAUAAAAUAGAAGUUAGCUGCAAUUCUUGAAAUGUCAAGAAUCUUUUCCGAAACAAGCAUAUCCAAGGCUUUAAAUAAGAUUGGAUGCGCAAUUAACUUCUUCUUGUUAUCCCAACCUUCGAUGAACUAACUCUGUUCGUUUAGACUAAGCUCUAUAAAUCCGUCCACCAAAGCAGUUUUGUUAUUUAUUGGUAAGAAAACAUAAAAUCCAAAUAAAAGUAUAUUUGCUAUUUCUGCAAAUUUAUUCCAA